UGGGCCAACCAGAGAGAAAAAGAGAGAACCGCCAGAACAACAAAACACAGACAGACAAAAAACACAAUAAACUCCAUUGAAGGUCUUUGGUUGAGCUCUCAACACACAGAGCUCCUCCAAUCAGACCUCAAUGACACAAUUUCCAGGAAGUACAUAAAGGGAGUGUAAAGAUAUAAUUUAAGCUCUGUGGGGGGUUUUGAUCUUCAAUUAUCUAUAAAGGGUUUGUCCAGGUACAUUAAGUUAAGAUCAACUGUCAAACUUCAACAACUACAGUUGAGAAAUUGACUAGUACAUUUUGUUGAAUUAGUACUGUUUUUACAAAUUUUUAGGUAAGUUAUAAUUUUAGAAAGAGUUCUUAGAGGUGUGGUAUGGAUGUUGUAUUAUAAGAUCAUCAGAUAUUGUAAGUUAUAAUUUUAGAAAGAGUUCUUAGAGGUGUGGUAUGGAUGUUGCGCGGAGCAACAGUAGUAAUUCGGCGUUGAUUGAACCGUGCAGCUGUUAUAGAGUUUCAACACUUGUUGACACAAUUCUGAACACAGAACAAAUUGCUCGGUUGGAAGAUCGGUAUCGUUUGGGGGAUGAAUUGGGGUGGGGGCAAUUUGGUGUUAUUCGUGCUUGCUUGGAUAAAUUAAAUGGAGAGAUUUUGGCUUGUAAAUCUAUAGCGAAAGAGAGAUUAGUAACACUUGAUGAUCUUAGAAGUGUUAAGCUUGAGAUUGAGAUAAUGACUAGGUUAUCUGGGCAUCCAAAUGUUGUGAAUCUUAAGGCUGUUUACGAAGAUGAAGAUUAUGUGCAUUUGGUAAUGGAACUUUGUGCUGGUGGGGAACUUUUUCAUCGACUGGAGAAACAUGGGAAGUUCUCUGAGUUCAAUGCUAGAGUUCUUUUUCGGCAUCUGAUGCAGGUGGUUAUGUAUUGCCAUGACAAGGGUGUUGUUCAUAGAGAUUUGAAACCUGAAAACAUUCUUUUGGCCACAAAGGAUACAUCCUCACCCAUUAAAUUGGCCGAUUUUGGUCUUGCAACCUAUAUUCAACCCGGGCAGAAACUUAAUGGUACUGUUGGGAGUCCAUUUUACAUAGCUCCUGAAGUAUUGGCUGGGGGUUACAACCAGGCAGCCGAUGUCUGGAGUGCUGGUGUUAUCCUUUACAUUCUCCUCUGUGGGAUGCCUCCAUUUUGGGGGAAAACCAAGUCUAGGAUCUUCGAUGCUGUCAGGGCUGCUGAUCUGCGGUUCCCCUCUGAACAUUGGGAUCAUGUAUCUGCAUCUGCCAAGGAUUUGGUUACUCAAAUGCUCUGUACUGAUCCUGCAAAACGGCUAACUGCAACUCAAGUGCUCGAUCACUCUUGGAUGAAUGAGUGUGUACAGAUGGAGAACGAAUACUGUGAACGCCAAAACGUAAGUUGUGGUGAUAUGGAUAUGGGCCAGGGAUCUUUCUCCUCCACCACCUUUAUCUCUAGACAAGAUCUUAGCUUUGGUUCAGAGUCACAGCCAGGGCAUUCUCCUGCGUUCACUUGCAAAUCGUCAUUUUCAUCAUUCUUGGUUGAUGCCUCAACUCCUUGUUCUGUAGCUCGAGGCUUUUCAUUCCGUAGUUGUGGUGAAUCAAGCGUGUUAGACUUUUCUUCCCCUGUUGCUUCGAUGACAAGCUUUGCAUUUUUCGGACCAAGUUCUCCAGUCGAUCAAGUGAACUGUAACCCAUUAAGUUUCAGAAUAGAUAGUUCAGCAGCUUGUGAGAUUCGUAGAGAGACCAGCUUUGGGAAGCUUUUCAUUGCUCCAGAUUCCUCUAAUAGUUUAGUUUGUGGCGGCGGUGAAACUGAGAACAACAAGAACCCAACUGUGAUCCGAAGGUUUGGAGGAACAACAAGUGCCACUGGAGUGCUAAGUAUCCACAACAUGAGACACCAUACAAUUGGACUAGGGGAGCUCGAGCAACUUGAUCUAAUCACUGAAUCAGUUGUUCGAUGGGCAUCAUGCACUCAUGUCUCAGGUGCUCCAUCUCUUAGAUCUUCUCUCGUUUGUUGAAGUUCACUAAUUAACGAGCAGUACACAAUGACAAUGACGAAGAAGAACGGUCCCAGUGAAGGAGCUUAGUGCAUAAUUUAUAGUGAAAGAAAUCACUUGUUAAAUAGAGCUAAUCUAAUAUUAACAUAUGUAUGCUUGUAUAACUGAAUUUGAAUUUCAGUUGGGGGCUUUGAUUAUUCUGAUUAGUGUGUAUUUGAGUGAUGAAGGGGUGUGCAUAUGUGUUGCUUGUGGUCUUAAUACUGAACUUUACAAGGGAACUAUCUGAAUAUACCAUGUGCUUCAAUCUCUAUGAAAAAUGUGAAAGUAUUACAGCUCGUC